CCCUUCGCCUCCGCCCGCGCCUCGCUCGCGUCCCCGCGCCCUCCCCGCCGCCCCGGAGCCUCCGGCCGCCAGCUCCAACGCCAGCCGGAUAUUUUAAUGUUGCAUGUAGUCUAGAGCUCCAUCUUAGUCAGUUGGCUGGUUGUCAUUGGCUGUUUUUGGAGCUGUUUUACUGUACAUCUUUUUCAAAGAAGGGCGUUGACUUGCAUUUUUAGCUCCAGCUGGUAGCACAGUUCCUGAAAUAAGAAGUGAGGAAAUUUACUCGAGUAAAAUGGAGGCCUCAGGAAUAUUACCCACUCUGAAGAAAAAGCUAGCUUUCCUUUCAGGAGGAAAGGAUAGACGAAGUGGCCUCAUUCUGACAAUUCCAUUAUGCCUGGAACAAACAAACAUGGAUGAGCUGAGUGUCACAUUAGACUACCUACUCAGCAUUCCAAGUGAAAAGUGUAAGGCUAGAGGAUUUACCGUGAUUGUGGAUGGCAGAAAAUCACAGUGGAAUGUGGUGAAAACAGUAGUUUUAAUGCUACAGAAUGUUGUUCCAGCUGAGGUGUCCCUUGUUUGUGUAGUGAAGCCAGAUGAAUUCUGGGAUAAGAAAGUAACACAUUUUUGUUUUUGGAAAGAAAAGGAUAGACUUGGCUUUGAGGUUAUUUUAGUGUCUGCUAACAAAUUGACUCGUUAUAUAGAACCAUGCCAGUUAACAGAAGAUUUUGGUGGCAGUCUAACCUAUGAUCACAUGGACUGGUUAAAUAAGAGGCUGGUUUUUGAGAAGUUUACAAAGGAAUCUACAUCAUUAUUAGAUGAACUUGCUUUGAUUAACAAUGGAAAUGAUAAAGGAAAUCAAGAAAAGGAAAGGUCUGUGGAUUUAAACUUUCUUCCGUCAGUUGAUCCUGAAACAGUUCUUCAGACAGGGCAUGAAUUGUUAUCCGAAUUACAGCAGCGUCGAUUUAAUGGCUCAGAUGGAGGGGUAUCCUGGUCUCCUAUGGACGAUGAACUGCUUGCACAGCCACAGGUUAUGAAAUUACUAGAUUCACUGCGAGAGCAAUAUACCCGCUACCAGGAAGUUUGUAGGCAACGUAGUAAGCGUACACAGUUAGAAGAAAUUCAGCAGAAGGUGAUGCAGGUUGUGAACUGGCUUGAAGGGCCUGGAUCAGAACAACUAAGAGCACAGUGGGGGAUUGGAGACUCCAUUCGGGCUUCCCAGGCCCUACAGCAGAAGCAUGAAGAGAUUGAGAGCCAGCAUAGUGAAUGGUUUGCAGUAUAUGUAGAACUUAAUCAGCAAAUUGCAGCCCUCUUAAAUGCUGGGGAUGAGGAAGAUCUUGUGGAACUAAAGUCAUUGCAGCAACAACUUAGUGAUGUUUGUUAUCGACAGGCCAGUCAGCUGGAAUUUAGGCAAAAUCUCUUACAGGCAGCUCUUGAAUUUCAUGGUGUUGCCCAAGAUUUGUCUCAGCAGUUGGAUGGCUUAUUAGGGAUGUUGUGCGUAGAUGUAGCACCAGCUGAUGGAGCAUCGAUUCAGCAAACUUUAAAACUGCUUGAAGAGAAGCUGAAAAGUGUUGAUGUAGGUUUGCAAGGUUUGCGUGAAAAAGGCCAAGGUCUUCUGGAUCAGAUCACCAACCAGGCAUCCUGGGCCUACGGGAAGGAUGUAACCAUUGAAAAUAAAGAAAAUGUGGACCACAUACAAGGAGUAAUGGAAGACAUGCAACUUAGAAAACAAAGAUGUGAAGACAUGGUAGAUGUGCGAAGGCUGAAGAUGCUUCAGAUGGUGCAGCUGUUUAAGUGUGAAGAAGACGCUGCCCAGGCAGUAGAAUGGCUAAGUGAACUUCUGGAUGCUCUGCUUAAGACCCACGUCAGACUGGGUGAUGACGCUCAGGAAACGAAAGUUUUACUGGAAAAGCAUAGAAAAUUUGUUGAUGUUGCACAGAGCACUUAUGACUAUGGAAGACAGUUGUUACAGGCCACAGUUGUGUUGUGCCAGUCUUUGCGCUGCACUUCUCGGUCAUCGGGCGAUACACUUCCCCGACUGAACAGAGUGUGGAAACAAUUUACAAUAGCAUCUGAAGAGAGAGUACAUAGGCUGGAAAUGGCAAUUGCAUUUCACUCCAGUGCUGAAAAGAUUUUGCAAGACUGUCCAGAAGAGCCUGAAGCUAUUAAUGAUGAGGAGCAAUUUGAUGAAAUUGAAGCAGUUGGGAAAUCACUUUUGGAUAGAUUAACUGUUCCUGUAAUUUAUCCUGAUGGAACUGAGCAGUAUUUUGGGAGUCCAAGCGACAUGGCUUCUACUGCAGAACACAUCAGAGACAGGAUGAAACUAGUUAGUCUAAAAAGGCAACAGCUGAGACAUCCUGAAAUGAUGACCACAGAGAGCUAAUAGCUACCAGCUUCCCACAGAUUUGUGUUUUAUAAUCCCGCAUGUCGUCGGCAAACUACAUUAGCCACAAUACAUUAAGAAACGUUUCACAACCACGAUAAGCCUCGUUUCUUUCCAUUACACAUUUCUCUCUACCUUGCAACUACUAAGGCAAAAUUAUUUAACAUGCUUUGAGACCCUACACUCCAAGUAUCUUAAAAGAAGGAACUGUACACAUUGCACUGAAAUUUUGGCUUUAAAGCUUUACCUGAUCUGUCAAUUUAUAGAUGAACAACUAAUAAUAAGCUUUGAAUGGUGCUAAUAACAGUUUAGGAAUCCUAUAAAAAUUGGUUACCCCUCCUCCCCAGGUGAUGUAGUAAAUUUAGACUGUAGGUAAACUGUUCCAAGUAGACAGUGGUGUCCUCAAAAUUUUCCUUUGUAAACCUUCGAAGUUAAUUAUUUUUAUUGUGUCAGUGUGGAAAAAACCUUCAGAUUUUUGAUAUAUCAUUCAUUAAAAGACAUUUUCCUAUUUGUAUUGAUAAUGUAUUAUAAGUUGUUUGUGCUUAAUAAAAAGCUUCUUUUAAACAUUGUAUUUAAUUUAGUGAUUAUAUCCUGUUUCUAAACAUGAGUGUGUCUUUAAAAUGGCAUUCUUAAGAUUGUGAGGAUUGUUUAAUACUUGCUUUUUUCAUAUUGAUUGCAUGUGUUUUAGCCAGAAAUUCAUAUGUAAGCAUGUAUAUAUAAUAAAUAAGCAUGUAUUAUCAUGAAAAAUAAUUGUGAAGAACAAUUUAGAUCUUUAAGAACUUACGAACAAUGGAAUACUAUUUCUGAUUUUUCUUUUCUUCAACUUGAAAAAUAUCCAAAUUAUUAACUACCCUGAAGAUACUUUGUUUUUAGGGGAGGAGGACUGGGAAAUAAGCCACACAUAAUUAAGUGUAAUCCUUUAUAUCAGAGUAUCUUUCUGGAACUAAAUUAGCAAUUGUUAAUAAAAUUUAAUUUCUUAUGCUAGAGUAGAAGCAACAUUCUGAAGUAGUCUAAUAGCAAAAAGUGUACAACUCUUUAGGAAAUAAAAUUUAUAAACUAGUGCUUUUAAGUUUAAAUGGGAAAAUAUGUAUAAUUAUUUUUGUGUUAAAUUUUAUUUCAGAGAAUGUUUUUGAAAAAGAUUAAAAAUAAUUUUUUAAUCUGUGAUCAGUACAAAAUUAUGCCAGGAAUUAUAUGCUGGUUCCUUUUCACUGUCUACGAAAAUAGUCAUGUAUCCUUCAAUGCAAAAAACUAGCUCAACAGGCAGGUUUCUCCAGCCUUCUUCACUGCCAGACUUGUUGGAGAAAUCCACAUCCAUUGCCCUUGUAUCCUCAUCUCUCACUGCUCAGCACCUUGCUGUCUGGUUUUACAUAGCACGGCAGUAAAACUGCUGUCAGUGGACUCCAGUUACCAAAUGGAGAGAAAAAAAAAUUGGGAGAAAAAUGAUUUUUUUUCCUCAGUCUGCAUCCUUUAUCCUUCACUGUCUCUGCAACAUUUACAUCAUUGAGAAACCUUUGCUGAGGCAGUGUCUCCUCCCUUGAAGAUGUUAUCCUUUUCAAGCUGGUCGUACAGUCACCUAAUUCUUACUUACACUGUGUCUACGAAAAUAUGCUCUCCCAGAGUCAGUCUUCAGACUGCUUCUGGAGAUGUCCCAGCCCCAGGGUUUCUAUUCUAUCCCAGUGUUCUCUCUUAUAGAUCUGGUCCAAAAUUCAAGACCUGUACUUUUGUUUCAACUGUCUACCUGACAUUUCAACCUCGUGGAUGAAGUUAUUUUCAUAUUUUUCACCUUUCUCCUCUUGGAGCAGUUUUGGUUAAAGGUGCAUUCUUUUCUUCUACUCAAAAAUGCCAGAAAACAUGGGGGCAGCAUUCAUCUGUUCCCUCGUAUUGUGCUGCCACUGCUUCUGAGAAUGUCAAGGAAGUUCUUUCCGUAUUUGAUCAUCCUCAGUCUUUUAGGGCUUAACUUCUAUGUGGGGUUCUUCAUUAUAGUUUUCAUGAUGGUGCUAACCACAUGCUACAAAUGUUUAUGUCUGUAUUUGCUUCUUUCAAAGCUCUUUGGAUGGAAGGAAUCUCGUGGGACUUCUCCUGUUCCCAUCCUUUUGCUUGCAUAAUAGUUGCUCAGUUCUCCUGUAUGUGAAUGGCUUAUUGUAAGCAUCAGUAAUAGUCCCUCUUAUAUUGCUGUCUGAAGUAUGGUUUAACCAUAUUUCCUAAAGUUACAAGUGACUUAUUACUGAAUUUACUCAUAAAGAAGUCAUUUAGUAUGUUAGAUACUUAGAUAUUAGCUAAUUUAGAUAUUUAGUUAUAUUCAUUAUUUCUUCUAGAAUUUGAGUAGUUCUAUUAACUCACCUACUUAUCAAAUGAGUUAAUUUUUAUGUAUCUUAAGCUAUUCUGUCUAAAAUGAAUAAAAUAAGGCAGCAUCUGGAAUAUUUCAGUGAAGCUAAUAACAUGCUUUUAACAUAAUAAAUAUUCUUGCUGUUCCUUGUAAAUUUGCUUUCUGUAUGUUUAUCUGUGUAUACAUAUGCAUUUAUUAAUGAAAACCCAACAAUGCCCUAAUGAGAUUUUUCCACAGGGUCAUAGUUCACUUAGAGGAAGUGACUGCAAUCUGUUUGAAAUCACAGGUUCUUUGUACAUCAGAAAUUAACACUGGCUUACAAAUGUAAUGGAGAAAGAAUCAGCCCUUCUAAUUGGUAUAUGCUGCAACUUUCCACAUUACUUUAGCUGAUCUCAGGGAAUUACUGAAGUAUUAAUUGGUCUAAUUUUGUUUUUGUUUUUUGUUUGUUUUGGGUUUGGGGGCUUUUUAUCAUGUAUUUGCUCCUGUGUAAGCUCAGUAAAUAAUUAAGGCAACUUUAGCAUCUGUUCUUCAUACCUGUCUAACACAGCAGUUACAGCGUAAAGACGAUUUCAUUUUAGAUAAAGUUGACUUUAUUCCCAGUCUUCAUUGUUGGUGACCUUAUUCUGCUAGGGUGACUCAUUGGUGAUUUUGAUGAAACUGCUGAGCCUUCCAGUGAGGCUGUUGAUUGCAGGUCUAAGCUUCAUUGCUGUGUAGAAGAUUGGACACUUCUUUGACCUUACAGGCAUUUUAUUUGGCUAGUGCUCCAAAGUGUUACUGAGUAUUAAUGUGUUUAAUUACCCCGUUAGUUGACACAUGAGGUCUGCUAUUUGUUUAUUGUUAUUGGUAGUGGCAUCCUUCUUAGAAACAUGACAAUUAUUUACUUUUUUGAUAGUGCUGAGCAAACCAUACUCUUCAGUCUAAACCUAUUGUAACCAAUGGUGUGAUUAUGAGAUUGGCUGAACCUAAUAUACUCUGUACAGUCUGCAUUUGGAGAAAGAAUUAAGAAUUCUCUACUGCAUAGUAAGUUCCUUGCCAGAGAGAUUGGGUGUUACUCUUUCCUUCCCAUCCUCACAAGACCAUGGUACAACACUGUGGUUAUUAAAAGCUAUUAACAUGCUAUAGUUGCUAAGUCUUCCACAUCUUGAGCUUUUUGAAAACAUUAUAGGAAACUAACUUCAGUAAAUAUCAGUGACAAGAGUUGUAUGAUUGGGGUGUCUUUCCUUAAACCCCCAAAGCAAAAUUCUCUAGGACUGAACAGAUAGACUGAACAUAGCUGACCAAUUAGCCUAAUUAGCGAACUUAAUUGCCAGUGUUAACUUCCAGUUCGAAAAAGUAGAAAGCUACAUUUGGCAGUGGAAAAUACACUUCCAGUAUGAGGACCAGCAAACACCUUGAUGAGGCAAAAUGAAGAGGUUGAACAUGUGACAUUUGACUUCAGUGUGUAAUGCUACAGAAAAGUCUAGGUUUAGUCAAGAAGUUUAAAUAAUAAGACUAGUAAGAGAACAGACCAUAACGCUAAAAUAAGAAUUGUAGUGAAUAUAAUGGAAAGAGUUCAGAGUUUGAAUACCUGACUUCAAAAUCUGGCUUUGCAAUUUACUGACCUUGCUAAAAAUCACUGAACUCCUCUGGGUCUAUAAAACAGAAAUAAUAAUGAAUUGAUUUCGAGAAUGAAGUGCAGUCAUGCUAAAAAUUGUGUGGAAAACUAAAAUGUUAUCCAAAAAUAACAUAUUAUUUGUUAUAUAAUAACAGGGUAUUAUACUAUAAUUAUCUUUUCAGAAUAAAAAAUAGGGUAUUCUUUAAUCUUGCACUUAUCUCAGAUGGCAAGAAGGGGGUUGUGGGGGAAAUGGCACAUUGUUUAUGCCCACUUCCCUAAGCUCCAUCUUUCCUACAUUCAUAGAUACAUACUGAAAAUGUUAAGGUUGAGUCAGUGAACUGAUCAGUAAAUAGCAAGACUUUUAAAUCUGAAAAAUCAACUCUCUUAUGGCAGGAUGAUAGACCAGCAAGAUGGAAGACCAGUGAGGAGUAUCAUCUACUUUGAGGUUGACAGGACAUGAAACAAUUCCAUUAAUAAGUAAGUAAGAAAGUAAGUAAAAGCUGUGCUUGGAGUGGAUCUUAGAUCUACCUAUAGAGACAAUAAGGGCACAAAUCUGUUAAGAAAUUCAUAAAGUGUCCUAAUAAUGAGGUAAAAAACAUGACUGGAGACCCGCAUUAGUGCAGUUGUGGUUAGAGAAGAGCAAUCUUGGUGAGUUUGGGCAGUGAUAAUAACAUACAGAUUGGUCCUGUAAUAGGGACUGAUAGAACUAAAGGUAGUAGCGCAACUACAGGGGAACGUUUGAGGUGAAAGAAAACUUCAUAGAUAAAAUGCUUAAUAACAUGACUGCAGUAUUUUAAAGCAAAUCUGAAAACUUGGCAACAGUGUUCUGUGUGCUUCAAGAAAAAGCAGAGCCUGUACUAGAACCUGAAGAACUUAGAGAUCAAAGAAAAGCCAGAACUAUGACUAAAUAUUUUGAACGGAGUGAGUAAAUUUUUUUUUAAUCAAGAUUAUUUUUAUUAGAGAACUCUUAUGGAGCUAUAUAUAUAAUACCUUUAUAUAAUGAUAUAGGAAUUUUUAGUAAGUAACUAAAAAUAGUUACCAACUGCCAGAUAUUAAGAGCACUGUUGUUUUGGAUUUUAAGUCAGGCAUGUGGAAAACUAUUUCUGACAAAAGGCUGUUGAAGUCUGCAACCAUCAUUAGUGAAUCUCAAGGAGUACCAGGGAAGUAUUUACAAGUCAAAUGCCAUCUCUAGGGGGUCCGCAGUUGUGUCACUCCUUGGAGAGACAGGGUGAUUCAGAUGGUUUUCCACUUAGAACAUAAGGGUCUGUUCACGCUGAUAAAGCCCCAUAUUGUGUUUUAAAUUUGUGCAUCUUUUCUGUUUUAGCUACAUUGGUUCUUUUUUAGUUCAGGGUAAAAACCAUUUCUGUGCUUGAUUUUUCUGUUAAGAAUAUUUCUUCAUCUUAGCUCUAACGUUAGUCUACACAGCCAACAAAUUUGCACAGAAUACAUGAUCAAUAUAUGUAUUGUUCUUUUUGAAGGUCUGAGGGGAUCAAACGAUCACUUUGACAAUUUUGAGCCAGAAUAGAUUCAAGAACUUACUGCUUACCCCAUACUCAAGAAUGUCCUCUUACAAGCUCUUAGGUUUCUAAAUUGACACUGAUCAGGAGAAUUUGAUGAUUAUAUUUCCAUGAGGUCAAUAAUGAAGUUCUCAGUGGCUUUAUUUGGUAAGUGUUGGCCCUGGAUUUUCUCCCCGACACUUAAUUAUAAACAUUUUCAAACACAUAAAAAAAGUUAAAACUCAAAGUAUACUCACCCACCAGAUGCAUAGUUAGCAUUAGCUCUGGUUGCAUUAUCACAUAUCCAACCAUCUAUCAGUUCAUCCGUUUAGAUAAUUUUUGAUACAUUUUAAAUUGCAGACAUCUGUAAAUUAAAUGCUUUUUCUUAUAUACAUUACUACUAAAUGCUUCAGCUUAUAUACCAUUGACUAGAGUUCAGUAUUUUACUUAUAUUUUUCUUUUGAUUUAAAAUUUACUUUAGCAUGUACACAUUAAGUAGAGUUCAUUUACUUGCAUUUUUCUUUUGAUGUAAAAUUAGCAUAUAGUGAAAUGCAUAAAUCUUAAGUGUGCAUCCUGAGUUUUGGCACAUGCUUACAGUUGUAUCAAGUAUAUCAGAAAAUACCCACAUGGCCCCUUCCAGUCAAUCCUUGUCCCCACCCUACCCACCAAAGGCAACCACAGUUCUUUUUUCUAUAUAAUUUAGUUCUAUCUUAGAUCUUUGUAUAAGUAGAACCACACAGAAGGUUCUCUUUCUAGAAGGCUUCUAUAUUUAACAUGUUUUGUAGAUUUAUCUAUGUUAUUGAGUAUAUUAAUAGCUCAUUCCUUUUUAUUGUUGAGUAGUAUUUCAUGAAUGAUACACUGCAGUUUAUCCAUUUCCCUAUUUAUGAAUAUGUGGCCUGUUUGCAAUAUUGGCAUUUAUAAACAAAGCUGCUAAGAUUAUUCUUAACAUAAGUCUUAUGUAACAUAGGCUUUCAUAUCUCUUGGAUUAAUACCUAGGAUUAGAAUUUCUGUGUCAUAAGACAGUUCAAAAAAAAAACUGCCGUAUCUUUUUCCAAUGUGGUUGUACUGUGUGCUGAAUUUUUGCUAUAUUUUAGAUGUGUAGAAAGGUGUAAACUUUUUUAUGAUCCAUAUUUGAAGUAUUAUAAGUGAGUUUGGGUUAGAUACUGCAUUGUUCAUAAUUAGCAGUUUGUAUUUGAGGGAAACAAAUACCUGUCUGCCCAAAACAACUCUCCAAGGGGUUCCUAUGCCAAAAAUUUUAGCAUUAGUUUCACUCCUUGAAAGAUUAAAGCACUUACCUGAGCAUUAUGAUAUAUAAGAUAAAAGCAGCACUGGUUUAUGUCACUAACUUUUGCCUCCCGUUUUCAGUCAGUAAAAUAAGAUAUGAAUGAGCCGACAAGAUUAUUUCUGCUCAUUGGGGGUAGGAGGAAUAGUAAAAAGUAUAUACUACUCGUCAGUCCCAGGUACAACAAUGUGAGAGAGCUAUCUGGACAGGGAAGUCCCCCAAGUAGUGGUGAAGAAGCCAGAAAACAGGGUGGGAAGAAUUCUACCUCACAGUUGUGCAUAGGGAUAGCUAUGUUUUGAAAGACAUUUUGGCCUUUACAAAUAUUUUCAAUGUUGCUUUUUUAAUUCAGUACCACCAGCUAUACUAUUUCAUACCUUAGUGACUUUUUCCCCACUGUGUUUUACCCUUCCCACCUGUUCUAUUAUAUAUAGCAGUUAACCUGUAUACGCCUGUACAAUUACAGUCAUAUGUAUGUUUCCAAUGCUUGUGUUCAAAAGUAUUUAUGUAUAGUACAUCCAAUCUUUCCUAUUCAAUUUUUAAGGGCUGGGGUAUUUGGCCUCUAUUGUAAAUAUUUAUAAUGUUCCUUCCACACAUUGUAAAUGCAAUAAAAAAUGUUAAAAACUAUAA